GUUUUCUCGUCUCGAAGGCCAACAUCCUUUGCACAUUCCACCGUUCAACAUUCAUGCCAACACGUUGACUCGCCUUGCCAACUCAGUUAUGCCGACAUAUGCAUGCAUCUAACAGCCCCCGUUUCAACUCGUGCAAACAUGAACCAACCGGCCGGCAACCCCUUGCUACCGGUGGCCCAAAGGGUGGCCAGUCAGUUGGUGUGGCUUGCGUGUAGACGACUCGCCCCCACGCAGAGGGGUUGCACUGCCCAUGCAACUACGAGAUCGUCAACCACAUCGGGCCAAGUCAUCUCGUCCCUGUUUGGCUUCUGUCGAUGGAGUGAGUUGGUUUCAACUUUGCAGGAUCUGUCGUCACCUCAAGGAUCUGACGUCUUGGACAGGCUUGGCCGUGGAGGUGAAGGCUUCACGAUGGGAAAAAUGAGCGAAGCCGUUAGGAUGCCUGAAUCCGAUUUAUUGAACCCCCAUGUUGACUCACUAAUAAUUACGGAACUGGCAAACAGGUGGAUAGGGUAA